AGUAAAUCAAUUUCCCGGUCUCCCGCCGUCAACGCCAUUCCCCGGCGCCAGUCUUCUGCAAUCUCUCACCGUCGGCAGCCCACUACCUCUCCCCUCUCUUUGGCCGCGUCGGCCUCCACCUCUUCUCCCUCUCUGACUCUUUGCGGCGGCGCCGCCCCCGGUCCAGUCCCUCUCCCUUGCCGCCGCUUCCACUGGAUCAGCUCGUCGGGGCCCAAAUCCGGCCGCUGGAGCACGGAUCUGCCCGGAUCGAUCCUCUUAACCAACGCCGGGAGACCAACCUACCGGCCUCGCGACUCGCCGCGACCAAAAGCACAUCGAGGGCGGAGCGGAGGCAUCUACUCCCUGCCGUGGUGACUCGUCCGUCGCCUGCUCUGCUCUCAGCAGCCUAACUCGGCAUAUGUAUAUGUAUAUGUAUAUAUCGGCUGUACUAAUCCAGCCUUUUCCACGCAUAAACUCCAGCCGCGACCAAGAUCUGUGGCCUACGCCAUGGCAGACCUCAACCAAGUCGUCCGCUCGGUGCGGCUGCUCAGGAUUCAGGAGUUCAGCUCGAUGAGGGGCGGCGAGUCUGGCUUCGAAGCCAAAUGGGAUGUUGAUGGGUACGAGUGGCAAGUAAAUCUCAUUUUUGCAAGGAGACCGUAUGUGGUUCCGGCUCUUUGUUUUCUAAGCGAAGCCCGCACACAGCGCGGCGUGAGGGCGACCCUGGCCUGUCGCCUGGUAGAUCCAAGCGGGGAGCUUGAACCAGCUCACGAGGGUAGUGUGUCAGCAACCUUCUAUCAUCCCCAAGAGUUCGAACUAUUGUGCCCCCUGGAUCUCAUAGAUAGAGAUUUCAUACCAUCUGGUUAUCUCAAGAACGAUACUUUGACUCUGUGCUGUUCCAUCACAGUGUACAAGGAAUCACCAGCAGCACCAACCAUCCCAGCUGAAGAAGCGAUCGCGCCACCGUCCUCCAACUUGCACCAGCAUCUCGGUGAGCUCCUUCAGAGUGAGACGGGAGCCGAUGUCAACUUUCUUGUCGGCAAAGAGUCUUUUGCUGCGCAUAAGAACAUACUUGCCGCGAGGUCUCCGGUUUUCAAUGCCCAGUUCUUCGGAGACAUUAAAGACAAGUGUUCGGCACGCGUGGAGAUCGAGGACAUGGAGGUGGCCGCAUUCAGGGCCAUGCUGCACUUCAUCUACACCGACACGGUGCCCGAGCUUGAUCACCCGCUCCAGGAGGUGACAACAAUGGCUCAGCAUUUGCUUGCAGCCUCAGACAGGUACCAACUCGACAGGCUCAAGCUGAUUUGCGAAAUAAAGCUCUCAGGCGGCAUCACCGUCGACACCGCAGCCACAACUCUUGCCUUGGCAGAGCAGCACAAUUGCCUGAAGCUCAAGGCCAAAUGUAUCAAGUUCAUCGUCAGCACUCCCGUGGUUCUUGGUGAUGUGUUGGCGACCGAGGGGUAUAAGCACCUCGAGGCAAGCUGCCCUUUGGUGUUGACCGAGCUUCUCAAGUCUGUCCAUGUGACGAAGAAAACCAAUGUAUUUUCUGAAAAAAUGCUGCAGUUAGGCGCACGAAACGCAGCCGUGGGAUGGCGCGGCACAAGUGGAUCGUGGGCAGAUGAUCGGGAGUUAGUUAGCCCAGUUGUUAGCCUCUGUAAUAUCCAUACUUUCAGAGAGAGGAAUAACAGGAAAAACGCUGUCGAGUUCGACGGCACAAAAUAUACCAGUGUCUUCCUCCUAGCGUGGGUUCAUCCCUCUCUCGCUCGCUCUAUCCUCUCGAUCGAUUCGGCAACGACAGCCCGCACAUGCCCUGUGAGGACGAAAGUACGCUAUUGCAUAAUAGAUCCGAGAGGAGUGCUUAAACCAUUUGACAGAUGUUGUAUGUCAUUAACAUUCAAGAAGCCACAAGACAGCUCAUUCGAAGUGGUUUUCAUGGAUACAAGGGACUUGGAAGCAUCGGAUUAUCUCAAAGAUGAUUCUUUUACCGUGCAAUGCACCCUUGAGGUUUUCAAGGAACUACCAGAUAUAGCAACGAUCUCCCUGAAAGAACUGCAUCUGCCAUCGUCUAACUUGCACCAGCAUUUCGCGGAACUCCUGCAGAACGAGACCGGAGCAGACGUCACGUUUCUCGUGUCCGGUGAGUCCUUUGCUGCGCAUAAGAACAUACUGGCUGAAAGGUCCCCUGUCUUUAUGGCCGAGUUCUUUGGAGAGAUGAAGGAGAAGUGCUCACAGAUUGUGCAAAUCAAGGACAUGGAGGCUGUGGUAUUCAAAGCCCUUCUUCAGUUCAUCUACCGAAACACUGUGCCAGAAUUCAGACAACAGACAGAGGUGGAUGCGGAGGCCGUCUACACCGACUCUGUUCCAGAGUUCGAACAUCAAGAGGAGGUGGAUGCCGAGACGGCGACAGUGAUGGCUCAACAUCUUCUUGCUGCUGCUGACAGGCAUGGACUGAACAGGCUCAAGCUCAUCUGCGCCCGCGAGCUCUCUGGUGCCAUCAACGUCGACACGGCAGCAACAGCUUUGGCUUUAGCCGAGCAACACAACUGCCCGGAGCUAAAGGCGAGGUGUGUUGAUUUCAUUAUCAGAACCUCUGCCACUCUUGAUGCCGUGUUGGCGACGGAGGGGUUUAAGCACCUCGAGGCAAGCUGCCCACUAGUAGUGAUUGACCUUCUCAAGUCCGGGCGUCGGAGAAAAACUUGAAGCAUAUCUUGGCGUCACGGGGCCAAGAUUUGAUGGUCCAUGGUAUUGUAUCUGUUUGAAGUUUAGUACUGUACUACCAUAUGCCGUCUUUCAAUAAAAAUUAAAACCUGCCUAUGUACAUCUGUAUAUGCU